GAGUGGGGAUUGGAUCUUAGACUCGUCAAUCAAAGGAUAGUAACACUGGGUUCCUCUUCUGGUUUAUAUUUAUAUUUAUAUAUUUGUAUUCUUGGAGGGAAGAGAAGUGAGUAAUUUGGGAGCUGGGAGUGGCAGAUGGAAGGAAAGCUUGGAGUCUUAGCCCUAAGAAAACUACUAAGAGUUAUACUAGUAGUGCUCGACUUACGACCACAAUUGAGCCAAUGUUUCUGUUGCUAAGCGAGAGAGUUUUUAAUUUAUGAUAUUUGGAAAUUUAAAAUGGAACAUAUUUGAGACCAGCAAGGCCAUUCUUGAAGAAAGAAGAACUGUCUCUAUUUGUUAGGGCAGUGAAUGCUUCAACAUUUACUUAGAAGAUAUUUAAGUACAGCAUCUCUCUCCUCAUCACUAUAAAUCUGUAAUGUUUUUCUCUUUGAGCCUGAAGUCACAUUAUCAGUACAGGUGGUCCUCAACCUGAGACUGCGAUUGAGCCCUGAAUUACAGUCGUACAUUGUUGCAGUUAAAAAGUCAAAGCAUCAUGUGACUGGACCUAAUUUUUUGAACAUUUUUACAGUAGUUGUUAAGCGAACGCUGUAGUCAUUAAGCGAAUGCUGAAGUCAUUAAGUGAACGCUGAAGGCUCAAAAUAACGCUUUGCAACAUGGCCGCCGGGGAGGUCAUGCCUGAAGUCUGUGUGAGUAUGGAGAGGAAAUAUCCCAGAGUUGUGUGUGCUGCAUUGUGGAGAUUUUCAAGAAAAGAUUGGACAGUCAUUUGUCUGAGAUGGCAGAGGCCAAAAGCCACCAAAGGAGUCAGCCACCGGGCCAUCCAGACACUCCUAAACCCAGUGAAAGGACCAACAGCUGCUUGGGGUCAUGGCUGUACGACGGUUUUUUAGAAACAUCUGGAAAAGAUGUUCAGCGCUCUUCUGCUGCACAAAGAGCGACGUAGAGGACCUUCCUGAGCCUCCUGACAGGACUGACGAGGGACAGAAGCGGCAUGACCAGAAGGGAGAAUGGCAGACACAUCUUUGUGUGUCUGAUGGACACAGGUCUUCCUCCCAAGGGGUUUUGAUGGGUGUUCGUGCCACCGCCCGGAUCCCCAGGAAGGAAGAGGUGGCGCCAGUUCUUAUUUCAAUGAGAAAUGAGAACAUGGCGAAAUGGAGGCCGCGGCUCUUAACUAUCUCGGAGACCUGCACUGAGUCGGAUCCUUUGGAAGAAUGCCAACCAAGGGACGACGUGCAGGAGGAAAGCAGUGCCUGCUUAUCAAGAGAGAAAAAGCAAGAGCACUGGAGGCCGCGACUCCCCCCCAUUUUGGAGACCUGCGUUGAGUCGGACGAAGAAGACCAGCCGGCAGAAGAGGAGCUCUCUCCUACUGAGGAGAAGACGCAGACCUCGGAGCAGGAUUCGAUGGAAGUGCAGGUGGGCUCCGGGAUCAACAGCCUGGAGGAUUUCGACUCCAUUUCUGCCCUCUUGGAUGAGGUGUCUGAGGGAAGCUGGGAGCAGGCUGCAGAGGCUUUGGAGGCCAGCCUUUCGUCCAGUCCGUGGGAUUCUCCUGAAGAAGGGGAAGCCACGCUGGAGAAUCUCAGCAGCCUGGAGGAAGACUCCCUGGACUUCAGUCUCUAAUUAAAAGAGAUGCUUCCCCAGAUGCCUCUCCAGUUGGCAGAUCGGAGAAGGAUGAACCAGUCCCAGGCACAUCAGGAGACGGAAGGCGAUGGACGGCGGAAUCCGACCCAGCAGCGAAGACCAGCGAUGAGCCACUUUCCCCCAAGGAACUUUCUGCGUCUUGUUAUUGUUGUUGUUUUUGUAAUUGUUCUUUUUGUUGUACUUGCUCUUGUUGUUCUAGUUAUUGUUCGGAGAAUAAAAGUAAAAAAGAUUUUAUAUAUACUAAUUUAGCUUAGGCCUAUUUUCAUUACACUUUUGUUAGGAAUAGGGUAAACUUUUCAUUAAAUGUAAAUUUCAGCAAAA